AUGCUCAUCUCGCCCAACUCGUCCAGCAAGCCGGCUCACGGCGAGGCCGACUUGGCCGAGGACGUCGACGAACCCCCUGAACACGUCAUGCACGCCACCUCGAUGAACUCCGACCAGAUCGUGCUCUCUCGGCCAACGGUGAACCGCAAGGAAUCACUGCUCACGCGCGCGUUGAAGAGCAGCCCGGAGAUGUCCCCAACCGAUCCACACGCCUCCCACUACGACUCCUACAUGUACCGAUCCUACCCUCAUAGCAACAUCAGUGGCGUCUCGACGGCCGAGUUGACCAGCGACGGCGGCCUCACAAGUCCAUCUUUGUCUAAUACUCCCAGCCCACCUUUACCACCUCAAAUGAUGAAAAAUUCAGGGUUGAUGGGAAAGAGGAAUGUGAAUGUGGCCCCUAAAGUGAAGGUCGUCGAUGCUAGUGAAACUUCUGUCGAGGCCAACCUUGGCCGCAAACGAUGCAUUAGCUUCGCUUGUGGUCGUAAAACUAAUGAUAACGAGCUGAGAUCUCCGGUCUCACCCUCUGCGUCACAAGAACUCCCACCCAAAACACAACCACUGAAGGAGCUCCCCACGGAGGAAGCCCCGAUUCAAAUAAUUAAGCGCAAAACCACACUUACUUUCGCGUGUCCUGGACGGGAGACUGUUUCCCAAAGAGAGCGAUCUCCGGCGCGCAAGUCCUCCAUCCGGCCGCGAUGCCGUGGCUCCCCUGCACCUGCUGCUCGCAAAGCCUCUCCCAGCUUGAAGGAAACUCCCAAGGAAACUUCCAAGGAAACUCCCAAGGAGGUCUCCAAGGAGGUUUCCAAGGAUGUUCCCAAGGAGGAAGCUGUCUCUGCGUCCACAGAUCGCAAGGGUAUCCCAACCAGUGGACUGGGUAAAUUCGAGGAAUCCGAAGCUACCCGGUUCCACGAGUUUGCUAGCUCUAUGGACGAAGACGAUGAGUGGGUGAACAGGGAGGCCGACUAUACGCAAAAGAUCACUUUGAACGACUGUAUGAAGAAAGAAAUGGCUAUCCGACGGCUCGGUGAACAGGCAGAGGAAGAGGCUUUGGAAGAGGAAGAGGAUAUGGACGACCUUCCGGACGACGACGAAACUGUGCACGACUUCUCUUCGGACGACGGUAACGAGUCGGACAACGAGGCUGGUUUCGCAGAGUCAGACGAGAGCGACGAUGAUGGCUCUGACGUUGAAUUUUGGGGCUCAUCACACCGUGUUCCAGAACCCACCAGUCAAUCCAUCGAUGCACGCCCCUCGGCCAUUGAACGCCGCGCCUCGAACACAUCUUUUGAAUCCAUGACGGACGACCACUCGAACUGGCUUCCAGCCCCCGUGCAGAGGAUCAGUAGCCGUCACACUUUGAAGACCUCCAAGAGCAUCAGGAUUCGUCCGAGAACCCCGAACCUUCCUGAUAGUACCGACUUUGUCUGUGGAACCCUCGACGAGGAUCGUCCCCUCGAACUCGCCUACAAAUCUUGCCUCGAACAACGGCGCCGCCUAAAAGAAGUUGUCAUCCCACAGGAUAUCGACCCCAGCUUCCCCACCAGUGAUCCGGAGGACAACGAAGACCCUGAACCAUCCGAGGAAGAGCUUUCCGGCUCGUCCUCUGCCACAGGUCGCCGUGCUGAAGUAACCCGAGGACGGCCAGAGGGCGAGGCCCGCAAGCACUCACCCCGUCGCUCUCCCAGGCGUUUGAUGUCCCCACCACCCCGUCGCGCUGGCCGUGCCUCUCCCAAGCGUCUCAAGUCCCCGCCCCCGCGCAUGAGAGCGAAGUCGCCCACCCCAGCCACGUGGGAACUCACCGACGAUAUGCCCAUCGUUGAUUCUCCCAGAGGUGUCAACAUCAGCCACCUGGUUCAGCGGCGACCUCUCGUCCGUACCAAGUCACUCCCCCGUGUCCCCAAUCCUUUCUUCACCGGCUUGGACAAAGAUCACCGUUGGCAAGGUAUCCCGGUGUUCUCUGAAUCCCCAGAGCACGAACACUCACGUACCCGUGAACUACACACUCGUGGCCCAAUCGACAUUGUCGAAGGGCUCGAGAAGAAGCGCCAGAAACGCAAAGAAAAGUUCUGGCGUCAACACUGCCGCAAAGCUGCCAAAGAGCAGAUGGGCAAACGGCCCAUUCCAGGCCAUGGAGCCGAACGGAUGAAGGAGCUUGGCCUCGAAGUUGCUGAGAGGUGCAGAGCUUACGGCGUCGGUCAAGACGCCCAGCUCGUCCUAUCCGUUUAG